GGCUGUGCGCUGUGCGGACGCGCGGCGCCAUGGGGGGCGCGCUGCUGCUCGCGCUGCUCGCCGCGGCGCGGGCCGGCGCCGGCGACCCCAACUCCACCGACCUGCCGCCAGACCUGGACUUCGAGCUGCCCGCCUCCCCUGCGUCCUCCCCGUCCUCCCCUCCGCAACAGGAGAAAACACCGCUGUUCCCUGAAGACCUGUUCACGGAGGAGCAGCGAAGACAAGGCGCCGUCUUCCUUCAUAUGAUCGGCAUGGGCUACAUGUUCGUGGCGCUGGCGAUCGUGUGCGAGGAGUUCUUCGUGCCUGCCCUGGACGUGAUCAUAGAGCGGCUGGCCAUCAGCGACGAUGUGGCCGGCGCCACGUUCAUGGCAGCAGGUGGCUCCGCUCCGGAGCUCUUCACCUCCGUGAUCGGCGUGUUUGUAUCGUUCGACGACGUAGGCAUUGGGACGAUAGUGGGCUCGGCCGUGUUCAACAUUCUAUUCGUGAUCGGUGCGUGUGCGCUCUUCUCUCGCACAACUUUGACGUUGACGUGGUGGCCGCUGUUCCGAGACUGCACGUUCUACUCGAUCAGCUUACUAGUGUUGAUAUACUGUUUCCGAGACAACGUGAUCUACUGGCAGGAGGCGUUGGUGCUGUUCUUGCUGUAUGGCGCGUACGUUACGUUCAUGCGGUGGAAUCAACCGGUGGAGCGCGCUGUCAAGAAGCUCAUCUACAAGAACAAGGUGACACGCGUGCGGAGCACCGACCAGCUGAUGCCCACGGUGAGCUCGCCCGCACUCGCGCCCGUGCCUCCUACCCCGCACGCAUGCCGUCCUUUCACACGCGCCUCUACCCCGCGCGAUGAGUUGCCAUUACGUCGCCAACUUAUGCAACUCCUGUCAUGUCCAAAAUGGACCUGAACGUGAAUGCCCUAGAAAACAAUUAAGAGUUUUUUUCUUUAAUUUGGGCGCCAAAACUUUUUUGCAUUUGUAACG